GGAAUUCCGAACCCUGGAGCUGGGAGGGAGAAAAAUUCAACGUCGGGCUCAGAGGAUACAGCGGGAGAUGCCUACACUUCCCCCAAGGUACAAACGUCAGGCACUGAUCAGGACUGGGGCAAUGUUUGGCCAGCACCUCGCUCCUUCCAUCCUGCCACUGUACCCCUGGCUGUACGUCAGGGCUACCCGGCGAAGGGCCAAGCUCCUCCCGACAAGUGGGGCAAUGCUGAGCUCAUGAAGAUCCCCAACUUCCUCCACCUCACGCCCCCAGUUAUUGAGAGGCAGUGUGAGGCUCUCAAGAAAUUCUGCACUCCCUGGCCAGCUGGCCUAGAAAACACUGAGAAGCAGGAGAAGCACUUCCCUGUGACAAUGACCAAGAGCUCAUAUCUGCACUCGUCCCCCAGCAUACGCGACCCCAAGUCCAGAAUCGUAACCCUGAAGGUGAGCAGAUUGUUGAUGGUGAUUCAUGAAUUGGAGUUGAAUUGUGAAGCAUUUAUACUUUUUCAGAGACUCUCAAGUCUGUCUUUUCAACUUAGCAAGAUCCUAAAAAUGCAGUUUUAUUUUAAUUCAUCUGACAGUACAGAGUUUAGAAUUGUAGAAAACCCUAUCAUAUAG